AUGCCUAAAUAUGCAGAUGCUUUGUUCCACAUCAUAACACAUCUGAAGCAAAUGGAUCCCAAACUCCGGCACACAUUUCUCAUGAAUUGGCUGGUCAACCUCAGUGGCAUGCCGGAUAGCUUCAAGGAGGUAGAUUUGCUUCAAGAGCAUCAGAACGUUUGGGCUAAGUAUUACAUUAAACCUGGACAACACUCGCUGCCUGCCAUGAGCCGGGCUGAGCUUGAAUGGCCUGCCCCGGCAUCCCAGCAAGAAGACCGGGAUUUGGGCUAG